AUGAAGCCUCUGCUUGGGACCCUUUACCUCUUGAGGAAGCUGGUCCCCGGGGGGCUGGGAUAUGCUAGAUCGCUAGCAUAACACAGGCAGGAGGUUGUGAACAAGACAAUUACUCCAUGGAGGAGCCUGGAGACCUAUCCCUAUAACAGAUACCACCCUAUGGGGGAGGUUUAUCAGUGGAUGAGCCAGAUAAGUGAGAAGUACGCAAAAAUAGUGACAAAGCAUUUCCUAGGGAUGACCUGUGAGAUGCAGCCCAUGUAUUAUUUGAAGAUCAGCCAACCGUCCAAUAACCCCAAGAAGAUCAUUUGGAUGGACUGUGGAAUUCACGCCAGGGAACGGAUUGCCCCUGCUUUUUGCCAGUGGUUUGUGAAAGAAAUUCUACAAAACUAUCAAGGCAACCCAAGGGUAAAGUUCCUUAAGAACCUGGACUUCUAUGUGCUUCCAGUUCUUAACAUAGAUAGUUAUAUCUACACUUGGACAAUUGUUCGGUUUUGGAGGAAAUCCCGUUCAUCCCAUAAUAAUGGCACAUGUUUUGGGACAGACCUCACAAGAGAUUUCAAUGCAUCCCGGUGUAGUAUUGGCGCACCUAAGCAUUGCCAAGGUUUAACCUGUGGGGCAGGACCAGCGUCUGAACCUGAGACUAGAGCUGUUUCCAGCCUAGUUGAGAGCAAGAAAAAGGACCUUCUGUGCUACCUGACCAUACACUCUUAUGUCAUCCUCAUCCCUUACGGCUACACCAAAAAUAAAGCAAGUAACCAUGACGGACUCAUCCAAGUUGGACAGAAGGCAGCAAGUGCACUGGAAACAAGGCAUGGAACCCAUUAUAAAGUUGGACAGACUCUAGAGAUGUUAUAUGCCUCAUCAGGGUCUUCAAGAGACUGGGCUCGGGACAUUGGGAUCCCCUUCUCAUACACAUUUGAGCUGAGGGACAGUGGCACAUAUGGAUGUGCUCUGCCAGAAUCUUGGAUUCAGGCCACCCGCAAGGAGGCCGUGGAGGCUGUGUUCUCCAUCCUGGAUGAUGUGCAAAAGAAAUACUUGAGCUCAAACAGUGCUGGAAAGGUGACAUCCACCGUGGUGGUGUUAAGCCAGCUAAUGUCCUUCCAUUCUCUUUUCUAA